CUGGAUAUCGGUGUGGCAGUUAGGAACGUCCCUGUGUUCCUCUCUACCCGUCACACUCCUAACUCCGCCAGACCAAGCCAAGCCAAGCCAAAGAUGUCCACGGCACUUUUCACUCGCUUCAGCCUGCCGGAGGGACUAGAGGAGCUGGUGGAGGGACUAGCUAGGGAGGUCAUCAAGAACCAGUGUGCAGAACCUUAUGACAUUUACCAUCUGGCCUGGAAGCAUUUUUCUGACCUGGUGGCGAGACGGAAUCAUAUACCUGGAAAACAUGCCGUGCCCUACGUGCAGCCGGGGGGCAGAAGGAGGCGUACGUCAGGCCCCAAGCAGCAGGAGCAGCAGGGGGUCAGGGGCGGCAGAGGCAGGGCUGCGGGCGCCACACGGGUGGCGGCAGGCGGCCCGGACAGGAAGGACGGGGGGAAGAGCCUCCUUCUGGUGCGCGCCACGUCCCUGGAGCGCGAGGCCCGAGUGCCGCGCCGCCAGGACAAGAUCAAGAAGUCUGUGUCUCUUGACCGCCGCAACUUUCCCGGGGCCGCCGUCAGCAAGCCACCAGAGGAGAAGCCCAAGGAGAAGCUGGCGCAGUCAACACUCAGGAGGAGGAUAAAGAAAGAACCCAAGACUAAAAAACCUGGACAUGGCGUCACUGGUGCAGCUGUGGGUGGCGUAGCCGUGGCAGGGGUGACGGCCGCCGCAGCAGGAGUGGCAGCUGCAGUGACGGCUAACGGUGUACAGGAAAAUGUGCCUGACGGUCUGCAAGGCGAGGAUGACCUGGCAGCUGAUGUGAUGCGUGCUGCUGUAGAUGCAGCUGGAGAUGCGACAGAAGCAGCUGAAGAUGUGGAAGCUGAUGCCACAGAAGCAGCUGAAGAUGUGGAAGCUGAUGCCACAGAAGCAGCUGAAGAUGCAGCUGGAGACGCGACAGAAGCAGCUGAAGAUGUGGAAGCUGAUGCCACAGAAGCAGCUGAAGAUGCAGCUGGAGACGCGACAGAACCAGCUGAAGAUGCGGAAGCUGAUGCCACAGAAGCAGCUGAAGAUGCAGCUGGAGACGCGACAGAAGCAGCUGAAGAUGCGGAAGCUGAUGCCACAGAAGCAGCUGAAGAUGCAGCUGAAGAAGUGACAGAAGCAGCUGAAGAUGCGGAAGCUGAUGCCACAGAAGCAGCUGAAGAUGCGGAAGCUGAUGCUACAGAAGCAGCUGAAGAUGCAGCUGAAGACGCGACAGAAGCAGCUGAAGAUGCGGAAGCUGAUGCCACAGAAGCAGCUGAAGAUGCAGCUGAAGAAGUGACAGAAGCAGCUGAAGAUGCGGAAGCUGAUGCCACAGAAGCAGCUGAAGAUGCGGAAGCUGAUGCUACAGAAGCAGCUGAAGAUGCAGCUGAAGACGCGACAGAAGCAGCUGAAGAUGCGGAAGCUGAUGCCACAGAAGCAGCUGAAGAUGCGGAAGCUGAUGCCACAGAAGCAGCUGAAGAUGCAGCUGGAGACGCGACAGAAGCAGCUGAAGAUGUGGAAGCUGAUGCCACAGAAGCAGCUGAAGAUGCUGCUGGAGACGCGACAGAAGCAGCUGAAGAUGCGGAAGCUGAUGCCACAGAAGCAGCUGAAGAUGCAGAAGCUGAUGCCACAGAAGCAGCUGAAGAUGCAGCUGAAGAAGUGACAGAAGCAGCUGAAGAUGCGGAAGCUGAUGCCACAGAAGCAGCUGAAGAUGCGGAAGCUGAUGCCACAGAAGCAGCUGAAGAUGCAGCUGAAGAAGUGACAGAAGCAGCUGAAGAUGCGGAAGCUGAUGCCACAGAAGCAGCUGAAGAUGCAGCUGAAGAAGUGACAGAAGUAGCUGAAGAUGCGGAAGCUGAUGCCACAGAAGCAGCUGAAGAUGCGGAAGCUGAUGCCACAGAAGCAGCUGAAGAUGCAGCUGAAGACGCGACAGAAGCAGCUGAAGAUGCAGCUGGAGACGCUAUAGAAGCAGCUGAAGAUGCAGAAGCUGAUGCCACAGAAGCAGGUGAAGAUGCAGCUGGAGACGCGACAGAAGCAGCUGAAGAUGCAGCUGGAGACGCUACAGAAGCAGCUGAAGAUGCGGAAGCUGAUGCCACAGAAGCAGCUGAAGAUGCGGAAGCUGAUGCCACAGAAGCAGCUGAAGAUGCAGCUGAAGAAGUGACAGAAGCAGCUGAAGAUGCGGAAGCUGAUGCCACAGAAGCAGCUGAAGAUGCAGCUGAAGAAGUGACAGAAGCAGCUGAAGAUGCGGAAGCUGAUGCCACAGAAGCAGCUGAAGAUGCGGAAGCUGAUGCCACAGAAGCAGCUGAAGAUGCAGCUGAAGACGCGACAGAAGCAGCUGAAGAUGCGGAAGCUGAUGCCACAGAAGCAGGUGAAGAUGCAGCUGGAGACGCGACAGAAACAGCUGAAGAUGCAGCUGGAGACGCUACAGAAGCAGCUGAAGAUGCGGAAGCUGAUGCCACAGAAGCAGCUGAAGAUGCGGAAGCUGAUGCCACAGAAGCAGCUGAAGAUGCAGCUGGAGACGCGACAGAAGCAGCUGAAGAUGCAGAAGCUGAUGCCACAGAAGGAGCUGAAGAUGCAGCUGGAGACGCAACAGAAGCAGCUGAAGAUGCAGAGGCUGAUGCCACAGAAGCAGCUGAAGAUGCAGCUGGAGACGCGACAGAAGCAGCUGAAGAUGCGGAAGCUGAUGCCACAGAAGCAGCUGAAGAUGCGGAAGCUGAUGCCACAGAAACAGCUGAAGAUGCAGCUGAAGAAGUGACAGAAGCAGCUGAAGAUGCGGAAGCUGAUGCCAUAGAAGCAGCUGAAGAUGCAGCUGAAGAAGUGACAGAAGCAGCUGAAGAUGCGGAAGCUGAUGCCACAGAAGGAGCUGAAGAUGCAGCUGGAGACGCGACAGAAGCAGCUGAAGAUGCGGAAGCUGAUGCCACAGAAGCAGCUGAAGAUGCAGCUGAAGAAGUGACAGAAGCAGCUGAAGAUGCGGAAGCUGAUGCCACAGAAGCAGCUGAAGAUGUGGAAGCUGACGCAGCAGAUGCAACUGAAGAUGUGGCAGCUGAUGUGACUGAUGCAGCUGAAGAUGUGGCAGCUGAUGCGACUGAUGCAGCUGAAGAUGUGGCAGGUGAUGUGACUGAUGCAGCUGAAGAUGUGACUGAUGCAGCUGAAGAUGUGGCUGAUGCAGCUGAAGAUGUGACUGAUGCAGCUGAAGAUGUGGCUGAUGCAGCUGAAGAUGUGGCAGCUGAUGUGACUGAUGCAGCUGAAGAUGUGACUGAUGCAGCUGAAGAUGUGGCAGCUGAUGUGACUGAUGCAGCUGAAGAUGUGGCUGAUGCAGCUGAAGAUGUGGCAGCUGAUGUGACUGAUGCAGUUGAAGAUGUGGCUGAUGCAGCUGAAGAUGUGGCAGCUGAUGUGACUGAUGAAGCUGAAGAUGUGGCUGAUGCAGCUGAAGAUGUGGCUGAUGCAGCUGAAGAUGUGGAAGCUGAUGUGACUGAUGCAGCUGAAGAUGUGGCUGAUGCAGCUGAAGAUGUGGCAGCUGAUGCAACUGAUGCAGCUGAAGAUGUGACUGAUGCAGCUGAAGAUGUGGCAGCUGAUGCGACUGAUGCAGCUGAAGAUGUGGCACCUGAUGUGAUUGAUGCAGCUGAAGAUGUAGCUGAUGCAGCUGAAGAUGUGACUGAUGCAGCUGAAGAUGUGGCUGAUGCAGCUGAGGAUGUGGCAGCUGAUGUGACUGAUGCAGCUGAAGAUGUGGCGGAUACAGCUGAAGAUGUGACUGAUGCAGCUGAAGAUGUGGCAGCUGAUGCGACUGAUGCAGCUGAAGAUGUGACUGAUGCAGCUGAAGAUGUGGCAGCUGAUGCGACUGAUGCAGCUGAAGAUGUGGCUGAUGCAGCUGAAGAUGUGGCAGCUGAUGCGACUGAUGCAGCUGAAGAUGUGGCUGAUGCAGCUGAAGAUGUGACUGAUGCAGCUGAAGAUGUGGCAGCUGAUGCGACUGAUGCAGCUGAAGAUCUGGCUGAUGCAGCUGAAGAUGUGACUGAUGCAGCUGAAGAUGUGGCAGCUGAUGUGACUGAUGCAGCUGAAGAUGUGGCUGAUGCAGCUGAAGAUGUGGCUGAUGCAGCUGAUGAUGUGGCAGCUGAUGUGACUGAUGCAGCUGAAGAUGUGACUGAUGCAGCUGAGGAUGUGGCUGAUGCAGCUGAAGAUUUGGCAGCUGAUGCAACUGAUGCAGGUGAUGAUGUGACUGAUGCAGCUGAAGAUGUGGCUGAUGCAGCUGAAGAUGUGGCUGAUGCAGCUGAAGAUGUGGCAGCUGAUGUGACUGAUGCAGCUGAAGAUGUGGCUGAUGCAGCUGAAGAUGUGGCUGAUGCAGCUGAAGAUGUGGCAGCUGAUGUGACUGAUGCAGCUGAAGAUGUGGCUGAUGCAGCUGAAGAUGUGGCAGCUGAUGUGACUGAUGCAGCUGAAGAUGUGGCUGAUGCAGCUGAAGAUGUGGCAGCUGAUGUGACUGAUGCAGCUGAAGAUGUGACUGAUGCAGCUGAAGAUGUGGCUGAUGCAGCUGAAGAUUUGGCAGCUGAUGCAACUGAUGCAGCUGAAGAUGUGACUGAUGCAGCUGAAGAUGUGGCUGAUGCAGCUGAAGAUGUGGCUGAUGCAGCUGAAGAUGUGGCAGCUGAUGUGACUGAUGCAGCUGAAGAUGUGGCAGGUGAUGCAACUGAUGCAGCUGAAGAUGUGACUGAUGCAGCUGAAGAUGUGGCUGAUGCAGCUGAAGAUGUGGCUGAUGCAGCUGAAGAUGUGGCUGAUGCAGCUGAAGAUGUGGCAGCUGAUGUGACUGAUGCAGCUGAAGAUGUGGCAGCUGAUGCGACUGACACAGCUGAAGAUGUGGCAGCUGAUGUGACUGAUGCAGCUGAAGAUGUGGCAGCUGAUGUGACUGAUGCAGCUGAAGAUGUGGCAGCUGAUGUGACUGAUGCAGCUGAAGAUGUGGCAGCUGAUGUGACUGAUGCAGCUGGAAAUGUGGAAGAUGAGUUGACGGAUGCAGCUGCAGAUGUGGUUGCUGACUUAACAGAUACAGCUGGAGAUAUGGUUGCCAACUUGACAGACACAGGUGAAGGUGUAGCUGCAGAUGUAACAGACACAGCUGGAGACGUGCCUAUAGAUCCAGAAAAUGGGGAUCCAGAUGUGUUAGAUGGAUUUGAAAAUACAAUAGAUGCAGCUGGAAAUGUGACAGCAGGUAUGACAGAUGCAGUUGCAGAAGAUUCCACUGAAGCAGCACCUUUGGACGACGCUGCGGUUUCUUCAGCUGCUGACAAAAGGCAGGAAGAGGGGGUUGAGGAAGGCGGGGAACAGACAGACGAUGAAACGGAUGUGGUACAAACUUCUGCUACAGCUGACGGCACGGCGGCGCAGGAGAGGGAACACUUAGCACCACGGGAGGAGGAAACCAGCACCUGCCAAGUGGACGAGGACGCCCCGCCACCAGACGCCGGGCAGGAAAGGGACGAGGGAGAAGAACAGGACCUCAAUCUAGAUAAAGCUGCCACACAGAUCCAAGCUUUGUACCGAGGCUUCAAAACAAGGAAGGAUCUAAAAUCGAAACUUGAGGCGAAUAAGAAAUUAGACACGGAAGAUUCGUUAGCUGAGAAAUCUGCAGUAGUUAUUCAGUCAUCUUAUCGAGGCUACAACACCAGAGAGGAACUUCAAAGAUUCAGCACAGACCAAGCCCAGGCACGAGAGGAAACUGAGGAAAUAGAUAUUGACCUGAACGAUCCGGAAGUUGAAAAAGCUGCCACCAGGAUCCAGUCAUCGUAUCGAGGCUUCAAAACAAGAAAGGAGCUUCAAAAGCCAGAUACGGAGGAGGCUGAAGCACAGGAAGAAAACGAAGGGGAGGAAGAAAUAGACAUUGACCUGAAUGAUCCUGAGGUUGAAAAGGCUGCCACCAUGAUCCAGUCAUCCUACCGAGGCUUCAAAACAAGAAAGGAGAUUCAGACUUCCAGGCCAAGUGAAGCCGAGGUGGACCUCACGAGCCGUGAGCUUCACGAGGCAGCAACACUGAUCCAGGCGCUGUACCGAGGCUUCAGGGCAAGGAAACGACUUCAGGACACAAAGGCUGACGCAGCUGACGCAGAGGACAUAGACCUCAACGACCCUGAGGUUGAGAAGGCAGCGCUGAAGAUUCAGUCCUCCUAUCGAGGCUUCAAGACGAGGAAGGAGGUUCACACUUCAAAACCCAAUGAAGCUGACCUGAAUGACGCUGACCUCACGGACACUGAGUUGCAGAAGGCAGCAACAAAGAUCCAGGCGUUGUACAGAGGCUUCAGGACACGGAAGAAGUUCAAAUCUCCUCAACAAGAAGCGACGGCAGAGGCCGAGGCGGAGGGGGACACUGGUCCUGAUGACGCCGCGUUACAGGAAGCCGCCACAAAAAUCCAGGCCCUGUACAGAGGAUUCAAAACACGCAAGAAAUUAAAGGAUCCAACACCGAAUGUAUCAGAAGUCGAUAUUUGUGUGGACGAUCCCGAGGUUCACAAAGCUGCCACGACCAUCCAGGCAUCGUACCGAGGCUUCAAGACAAGGAAGGAACUUCAAAAUUUAAAUGCUGACAAAACUGAAGAGCCAACAGAAGAGGAAGAGGAAAUUGACAUUGACCUGAAUGACCCAGAGGUUCAGAAAGCUGCCACGGCCAUCCAGUCAUCCUACCGCGGCUUCAAAACACGGAAAGGGCUUCAGGCUUCUAAUGCUGAAGGUGAAGAACAAAAAGAACAAAAAGAGGAUGAAGAAGAAAUAGAUAUUGACCUGAAUGACCCAGAGGUUCAGAAGGCUGCCACGGCCAUCCAGUCAUCCUACCGGGGAUUCAAAACACGGAAAGGGCUUCAGGCUUCUAAUGCCGAUGAACCUGAAGAAGUAAAAGAAGAGGAGGAGGAAAUAGACAUUGACCUGACCGAUCCUGAGGUUGAGAAAGCCGCCACAAAGAUCCAGUCAUCGUAUCGAGGCUUCAAAAGCAGAAAAGAAAACAAGAAUUCACAGCCCGGCGAUGGAGAGGCGGAGGAAGACAGUGCUGCGAUGGACUCCGAGAUGCACAAGGCUGCCACGCUGAUCCAGGCUUUGUUCAAAGGCUUCCUCACCAGAAAGAAGUUAAGGAAUUCGAAAUCAAAAGAAAGUCCAGAAGAGGAAGAUCUGAAUGACGCAGAGGAUCAAGAAGUUGCGUCAGUGCUUCAGGCCAAACCUGACCUGGAGGGAGUGGACUACAGCACCGAUGACUUUGAAAAGGCUGCUGUCCUGAUACAAGCUUUCUAUCGCGGAUUCAAAGUGAGAAAGAAUUUAAAACAAGAGGCAGAGACUCAGGAGGAAAUAGAUAUUGACCUGAACGAUCCGGAAGUUGAAAAAGCUGCCACCAGGAUCCAGUCAUCGUAUCGAGGCUUCAAAACAAGAAAGGAGCUUCAAAAGCCAGAUACAGAGGAGGCUGAAGCACAGGAAGAAAACGAAGGGGAGGAAGAAAUAGACAUUGACCUGAAUGAUCCUGAGGUUGAAAAGGCUGCCACCAUGAUCCAGUCAUCCUACCGAGGCUUCAAAACAAGAAAGGAGAUUCAGACUUCCAGGCCAAGUGAAGCCGAGGUGGACCUCACGAGCCGUGAGCUUCACGAGGCAGCAACACUGAUCCAGGCGCUGUACCGAGGCUUCAGGGCAAGGAAACGACUUCAGGACACAAAGGCUGACGCAGCUGACGCAGAGGACAUAGACCUCAACGAUCCUGAGGUUGAGAAGGCAGCGCUGAAGAUUCAGUCCUCCUAUCGAGGCUUCAAGACGAGGAAGGAGGUUCACACUUCAAAACCCAAUGAAGCUGACCUGAAUGACGCUGACCUCACGGACACUGAGUUGCAGAAGGCAGCAACAAAGAUCCAGGCGUUGUACAGAGGCUUCAGGACACGGAAGGAACUUCAAAACCCAGAUGCAAAGAAAAUCGAAGAACAAAAACAAGAGGAGGAAAUAGAUAUUGACCUGAAUGACCCAGAGGUUCAGAAAGCUGCCACGGCCAUCCAGUCAUCCUACCGCGGCUUCAAAACACGGAGAGGGCUUCAGGCUUCUAAUGCUGAAGUUGAAGAACAAAAAGAAGAAAAAGAGGAUGAAGAAGAAAUAGAUAUUGACCUGAAUGACCCAGAGGUUCAGAAAGCUGCCACGGCCAUCCAGUCAUCCUACCGCGGCUUCAAAACACGGAAAGGGCUUCAGGCUUCUAAUGCUGAAGGUGAAGAACAAAAAGAACAAAAAGAGGAUGAAGAAGAAAUAGAUAUUGACCUGAAUGACCCAGAGGUUCAGAAGGCUGCCACGGCCAUCCAGUCAUCCUACCGAGGCUUCAAAACACGGAAAGAGCUUCAGGCUUCCAAUGCCGAAGAACCUGAAGAAGUAAAAGAAGAGGAGGAGGAAAUAGACAUUGACCUGACCGAUCCUGAGGUUGAGAAAGCCGCCACAAAGAUCCAGUCAUCGUAUCGAGGCUUCAAAAGCAGAAAAGAAACCAAGAAUUCACAGCCAGGCGAUGAAGAGGCGGAGGAAGACAGUGCUGCGAUGGACUCCGAGAUGCAUAAGGCUGCCACGCUGAUCCAGGCUUUGUUCAAAGGCUUCCUCACCAGAAAGAAGUUAAGGAAUUCGAAAUCAAAAGAAAGUCCAGAAGAGGAAGAUCUGAAUGACGCAGAGGAUCAAGAAGUUGCGUCAGUGCUUCAGGCCAAACCUGACCUGGAGGGAGUGGACUACAGCACCGAUGACUUUGAAAAGGCUGCUGUCCUGAUACAAGCUUUCUAUCGCGGAUUCAAAGUGAGAAAGAAUUUAAAACAAGAGGCAGAGACUCAGGAGGAAAUAGAUAUUGACCUGAACGAUCCGGAAGUUGAAAAAGCUGCCACCAGGAUCCAGUCAUCGUAUCGAAGCUUCAAAACAAGAAAGGAGCUUCAAAAGCCAGAUACAGAGGAGGCUGAAGCACCGGAAGAAAACGAAGGGGAGGAAGAAAUAGACAUUGACCUGAAUGAUCCUGAGGUUGAAAAGGCUGCCACCAUGAUCCAGUCAUCCUACCGAGGCUUCAAAACAAGAAAGGAGAUUCAGACUUCCAAGCCAAGUGAAGCCGAGGUGGACCUCACGAGCCAUGAGCUUCACGAGGCAGCAACACUGAUCCAGGCGCUGUACCGAGGCUUCAGGGCAAGGAAACGGCUUCAGGACACAAAGGCUGACGCAGCUGACGCAGAGGACAUUACUGUGAGUGAUCCUGAGACUCAAGAUGUGAAGUCCAAUGAAGCUGAACUGAACGAAGCUAACCUCAUGGACACUGAGUUACAGAACGCUGCCACAAAAAUACAAGCAGUGUAUCGAGGCUUCAGGGCAAGGAAGACGCUUCAAAAUUCAAAGGCAGAUAAAGUUGAGGAACCACAUUUGGGCGAAGUGGUGGAUAUUGAUGUGGACGAUCCCCAGGUGCAGCAAGCCGCCACAAAGAUCCAGUCGUCGUAUCGAGGCUUCAAGACAAGGAAAGAGCUUCAGCGCUCUAAAACGUUUGACGUGGAAGAUCAAGAAGCAAAAGAAGAGGAAGAGGAAAUAGACAUUGACCUGAAUGACCCAGAGGUUCAGAAGGCUGCCACGGCCAUCCAGUCAUCCUACCGCGGCUUCAAAACACGGAAAGGGCUUCAGGCUUCUAAUGCCGAUGAACCUAAAGAAGCAAAAGAAGAGGAGGAGGAAAUAGACAUUGACCUGACCGAUCCUGAGGUUGAGAAAGCCGCCACAAAGAUCCAGUCAUCGUAUCGAGGCUUCAAAAGCAGAAAAGAAAACAAGAAUUCACAGCCAGGCGAUGGAGAGGCGGAGGAAGACAGUGCUGCGAUGGACUCUGAGAUGCACAAGGCUGCCACGCUGAUCCAGGCUUUGUUCAAAGGCUUCCUCACCAGAAAGAAGCUGCUGAAGGAUCUGAAGGCACAAGAAACUGAGAAUGUGGAGGAGGUUUAAAUUAUUGACAGGUUGAGACGGCUGCUUCAGCGACUAGGCUUCACAAAGGCGAGGAGGCUGGCAAAAAUUGAGCUAACACAGAAAAUUAAUGGAUUCCAAAACUCAGAAAAGAACUUAAAUUGAAAAAUGGUUUUGCUUCGAAUGAAUCUGAGACAACAACAUGUCGACUCUUGUGAAUCUGCCUUGUGCUGAGCUGAGAGAAUGAAGGAAUCUUGUAAUGAAAACUAAGGCUUGAUUUCAUAAUCGCUCUUCUCUCACCACGACUGUUUUCCAAGGCCACUGAGAUGACUAGCGGGGUUCUCAAGGGUGUUUCUCCUGUUAAUAAUGCUGAAAUCUUGUUAAUCUGUCACUAGAACCGUAAAAACUCCUUGAAAAACCAGUGGAGUGCAGCGUGGAAGUGUUUCAGAAUGUGGCUUUUAGUUAUUUUUUUUUUUUUUUUUUUUUUUCGUCGUAGUCUCUUAAAUAGUUUUGUAUGAUUAUGUUUUCUUAAUAGAGUCAAUUCAAUAGAUCUGUACUAGGGUUCUAAAGAGCUCCACGUUGACAGUUUUCCCUGCAACAGUUUCCUAAGUUCCGUAGCCUAACAGGUGAACUAACACAUGACACAGAAUUAAUAGCCUAUUGCCCAUUUUGCGACGCCAUGUAUAAGAGUUUUACUGCAAAUGGAGUAAAUUUAGACAACGCAAAACCAACAGCCUACUUUUUUUUUUUUUUUUUGUGUCCAAACCAACUUUUUUUUUUUUUUUUAGUAAGUUGCAGUGAAAAAGUUAUGGUGAGGAGUUUUAAAGGGUGUUUUUACGGUUCUAGUUCUAGAUUAACAAGAUUUCUACAUUAUUAAUAGGAGAAACACCCUUGAGAACCCCGCUAGUCAUCUCUGUGGCCUUGGAAAACAGUCGUGGUGAAAGCAGAGUGUUUUUCAAAGGUGUUUUUACUGUUCUAGUGACAGAUUAAACAGAUUUCUGCAUUAUUAACAGGAAAAACACCCUUGAGAACUCCGCUAGUCAUCUCUGUGGCCUUGGAAAACAGUCGUGGUGAAAGAGCAAGGGGUUUAUGGAUACGAGACAGAAUUAAAUGACACAGUGACCAGCAGUACCAAGAUUUGUCACAGCGCAGUCUUACAAGCCUAAGUAUAUUGAAUGAAUUAGAAGUAUGUCCCUGUUAAAUAUAUAUAUACACAGUACUUUGUAUUUAGCAUCUGAUAAUACACUGUGAUGAAGUUAUUGGUAGUGAAGUUAACAAUGUAUUAGGCUUUAGAAUAUUGUUAUUGUGUAAACUUACUUUUUAUUUAUUUAUUUUUUGUGUCUUCUUGUUUCUUCAUAUGUGUAAGUGUGGAGACGUGGAGAAUGCUGAAUAAACGGAGAAAUUAGUGAAUAGAAGGAGGAAAGGAUGGGAGAAAUGAAGAAAGGAAGAAAGGAGGGAAAGAAAGAAUUAAUUAAUGAAAGGAAGGAAGGAAGAAAGGAAAAAUAGAAAGAAAGGAUGAAGGAGUGAAUGAAAUAAGGAAGAAAGGAAGAGGGGGGAAAAAGAAUGAAGAAUAGAUGAAUGAAGGAAGAAAGAAAAGAUUGAAUGAAUGAAAGAGGGAAGGAAAGAAGGAAAUAAAGAUAGAAAGAAAGGAAAAGGAGAAUGAAAAAAAAAGAAUGAAAGAUAAAAUAGAAAAAUAAACAAGAAAACAAGAAGAAAAAAGAAACAGAACGAAAGAUAGAAAGAAAGAAAACGAAAGAAGAGAGAAAGGAAAAAAUGGAGAGAGAGAGAGAGAGAGAGAGAGAGAGAGAGAGAGAGAGAGAGAGAGAGAGAGAGAGAGAGAGAGAGAGCAGUGAUUAAUAUAUAUAACCAAUUAAUUUCCCGUGUCUUGUCAUUAGGAGCGAGUGAAAGAAAUUAUUAGUAGUAAGUUAGCAAAAAAAAAAAAUCUAUAGACGAUAUAAGCCAAAAUAUAGAUGAAGGAAUGUAUAUUUAGUUAUUUUUACUAAUUAAUUGUAAGAAGCAUUAGCCGUCCAAUUGAAUUAUUAUUAUUAUUAUUAUUAUUAUUAUUAUUAUUAUUAUUAUUAUUAUUGUUCCUUACACGUUUUUUUAUCUUUCUUUUCUCAUCUUUCCUUCCCUUUUCUUGUUUUGUCAUCUAAUUCUAUGUACUCUUCUUCUUCUUCUUCUUCUUUUUAUUGAUUUGUUUACGAUACUUUCUUUUCUUUUUUAUCGCUUCUUCAUUCAUCUUCUUUUUUCUUCUUUCUCUUUCCUCUUCCUUACGUUUAAUGCUGUAUCGCUUUUCCUUUUCUUUUUCUCUUCUUUUCCCUUCUCUCUUCCAUACUUUUACUAAACUAACCUUUUAUUUCAUUUUCUCUUUCCUUCUCUGUGUCUCUCUCUUACUUUAUUCAUCUUAUUUUCCCUUCCAUUUAAUUUUCCCUUUCCUUCUGCCUUUUCCUCAGUCACCGCUAGCAUUCUGUAAAUUUCCCCGUUUUCUUUGUCUUCGCCCGCUAAAUGUCUGUCUGUCUGUCUGUCUGUCUGUCUGUCUGUCUUAAUUCACUUACACGUGGCUUUUGUUAUUGGUAGUGUAGUUGAGUUGACAGAAGCCCGGGUGUAGAAUGUAAGGCUGUUACUGUUGUAGAGUGUUAUUGAUAAAUCGCCUGUAUUGUCUAUUUUCUGAAAGGUGUGUGUGUGUGUGUGUGUGUGUGUGUGUGUGUGUGUGUGUGUGUGUUAGAAGAAUCCGUUCCGUUUAUUUACGUUUUCUUAUCUACUACUAGUACUACAACUACUGCUACUGCUACUACUACUACUACUACUACUACUACUAGCACUACUACUACUACAACAACUACUACUACUACAGGUAUAUUCAUGACAGGCCUUGGGUUUAAUUGUAUGUACAUAAUAUGAUAUUCAGAAAAGCUUAUAUUUUUCGUUGUCAGUAGAGUAGUGAAGUAUAUAACACAAACACUAUAGAAACAUGAUGGCCUGUAUUUUGAACCAGUUCUGCGCGGCAUCUUCACUAUUUUGCAAAGGCUCUGGUUGAGGUUACACGGGUUUUCAAGGGUGUUUUUGCGGUUCUAGUGACAGAUUAACAAGUUUUCUACAUUACUAACAGGAGAAAACAGCCGUGGUGAGAGAGCAGAGCGUUUUUAAGAGUGUUUUUACGGUUCAAGUGACAGAUUAACAAGAUAUCUACAUUACAAACAGGAAAAACACUCUUGAGAACCCUGCUACCCAUCUUUGUGCCUUGAAAAACAGCCACGGAGAAAGCAAACUGUUUUCAAGAGUGUUUUUUUUACGGUUCAAGAGACAGAUUAACGAGAUUUUUACAUUAUUUACAGGAGAAACACCCUUGAGAACCCGGCUAGGCAUCUCAGUGGCCUUGAAAAACAGUCGCGGUGAAAGAGCUGACCGCUUAAGAAUGCUGGCCAAUGUACGAGGAAGCGAAGCCUAUUCACUAAUGCUACGGGAAGGGGAGACGAGCUGGUGAUGGGAUGAAUACUAUUAUAAUGCACUUUUGAAGGAGAAUUUUACUUAGUAUUUAAUAAAACACCACAAAUGUUCA